CGUUGGGUCCGCAACAUCCUGACUGCCAGAGGCUGGUGAUCAGAGGCAGCGGCAAAGCCCCCGCAAGACGAAUGAAAUGAAAUCUGCUUUUGCCGCCACCUGCUUUCCCCCAAUUUCUUUGGUCUAUUGAAGAACUGGCUGUAGUGCUGCCCUCAUCCUGACAGUGUAAAGCGGAUAUAAGGCUUCAAGUGUGCAGAUUCACCAUGGGGAUCAAGACUGCCCUCCCUAGAUAUGAGCUGUAUCUCUACACAGCUGUACUUGCUGUGGCCUUGAUAUGGGCAGGCAGUUGGAUAUUUGAAGCUUCAAGUGAAAAUGCAAACAGGAAGACCUUCAAGGAAAGCGUCAAACCAGGAUGGCAUUAUUUUGGCAGGAAAAUGGAUGCUGCGGACUUCGAAUGGGUGAUGUGGUUCACGACAUUCCGCAAUCAUAUCCUUUUUGCUCUCAUUGGUCAUGUGAUCUUUGCCAAGAUAUUUUCCCUGGUGGCUCCAAAGAUUGGUAUAAAUGGAUGUAAGCACAGAUCCUUGGUCUUUGGGGUGUAUGGAGGUUUGGCAGUCCUGGUUACGAUGGGCUGGACUUUCUUGGCUCUGGUUCUUUCUCAUUGCAUCAUACUAUACAGCGUGGCUAUAUUCAAAAGUAAAUGGAUGUGCUUCGCUGCAGGCUUGUGUACGCUGGCCUCCAUCAAGCUGGAGCCCUUUAACUCCUGGCAGGAAGCCUUGGUAACUGGUUCCUUCAACCUCCAAGAUAUCCUGUUCUAUGGCGGUUGUGGCUUCAGCAUCAUGCGCUGUAUGAGUUUUGCUUUAGAGAACUGCGAGAAGAAGGAAGGCAACUACACGUUCUCAGACCUGGUGAAAUACAACUUCUACCUCCCAUUCUUCUUCUUUGGACCGAUAAUGACAUUCGACCGGUUUCAUGCCCAGGCAAAUAACACUCAGCUGAUCCGUAAAGAGAGGGAGAUGUGGAACAUCACCACCAAGGCCUUGUUGCACCUGGGAGGUAUUCUCGUGGUGGAUGUCUUCUUCCACUACCUUUACAUUCUGACGAUACCCAGUGACAUGAAGCUGGUCGCUAAGCUUUCUGACUGGUCUCUGGCUGGACUGGCUUAUUCCAACUUGGUGUAUGACUGGGUGAAAGCGGCUGUAAUGUUCGGCGUCAUCAACACCGUGGCAAUGCUGGAUCACCUGGACCCUCCUCAGCCUCCCAAGUGUAUCACCAUGCUUUACGUCUUCGCUGAGACGCACUUUGACAGAGGCAUCAAUGACUGGCUGUGCAAGUAUGUUUACGACUACAUUGGUGGAAAUCACGAUCAAAUCUUCAAAGAACUUCUUGCAACCAUCUGCACUUUUGCCGUCACCACCCUGUGGCUGGGCCCAUGUGAACUGGUUUAUAUCUGGUCCUUUUUCAACUGCUUUGGUCUCAACUUUGAGCUGUGGGUGGCCAAGUUCUUCUCCCUUCCACCACUUUCUACCAUAGAGAGUGCCAUGGGUGAAGCCAUGUCACGCAGGAUCCGCGGUUUGUUCAAUGCGGCCAACUUCUGGGCUAUCGUCCUCUACAAUGUUCUCUCCCUGAACAGUUUGGAGUUUGCCAAAAUGGUGGGAAGGAGACUGAUUUUUAAAGGUUUUCCUCUGUCGACCCUCUCUGUGUUACUCGUGACCUACUGUGGUGUGCAGCUGGUGAAGGAACGAGAGAGACAACAAGCCUUGCUGGAAGAUCCAGAGCCGGUGAAGCCAGUAGAUGGUGGCAAAGAAAAAGCAGAAUAACCUGGCAGAGAAACAGUUUCACAGACUUAAUGGUCAAUGGGCGCUCACGUGGUUCUAUCCUCGGCCUUGCAUGCUGUAACAGAACCAUGCUGGUUAACAGCCAUUCAGCACCUAUAUUGUUCACAAGCCGGUGUUUUUCCUUUUGUUUGUCGGAAGCGAGGCAAUGAUUCGAACUGUGAAAAAUCCGCAAGUGCACUUGCUGUUGAUAAUCAACACAUACUUUGGCACAAACCCACCGACAGUGCAUUUAGUAUUUGUAUCGAUCUGGACUAAAGAUUGUUUAAAAUCUAUCUAUCUAUCUAUCUAUCUAUCUAUCUAUCUAUCUAUCUAUCUA